AUGAAGAUUCAACCCAAGUGGAAGAUAUUUUUGUGGAAGCUUUUUCAUGAGGGAAUUGCAGUCAAAGGAAAUUUGGCUAAAAGAGGUAUACAAGUUGAGGUGACUUGUGAUUUUUUUGGGAUGGAUGAGGAGGAUAGCCAACAUCUUUUUAGGCUAUGUGAUCUAGCAAAGGAGGUCUGGGAGAAUGGCUCCCUGGCAAUUUGCUAUGACAUUUCUGGAUUCAAUUCUUUGAGAUUAUGGAUCCAGCACUAUAUCCUGCUGUUUUAUAGCGAGGAUGGUAGGUAUGGCACUCGUAGCAUUAAGUUUAUUGCUACUUUAUGGGGGCUAUGGAAGACUAGGAAUGCUCGAUGCUUUAAGGGUGUUGAUGGGGGAGCAAGCCUUGUGUUGGAAUUUUUUAACCUGGCAAUGCGAGACCAUGAUAUUUUCUGCCAAAACAAUGGGAUUGGUAAUAAUAUUAUUGAUAACCUUGGGGAUGACCCAUACAUUCCCCCGGGAUUCAACGCUGUGCAAUUGGGUAAAGAGAGGAGGGGAUACGACAAGUUUAUUGUGGGAGUGGAUGGCUCGUGGGAUAAGACGACAACAAGAGCAGGGAUUGGUUGGACAGUUAUAGGGAGUAACCAUGGUAAUGAGGAUAGUGAGGGGGGAAAACAUGGAGUGGCAACUUCGGCGCUACAAUGUGAGGCUUGGGCCUGCUUGGAAGCUAUGAAGUGGGCUAGGGCGAAAGGUAAGCAAGGGAUCCUCAUACUCUCGGAUUCCAUUGGACUUAUUAACAAUAUUCAAGGUGAUUCAGGUAAGGAUGUCUCUAUUACUUGGAUGGUGAAAGAUAUUAGGGAUGUGGGUACCUCGUUUCAUAGGUGCACCGUUUUAAAAGUCCAAAAGGACCAGGUAAAGAGGGCAGACGAGAUUGCUAAGGAAUGUCGUACUAGUGGUUCGGACUACGUGUAA